AGGUUACAGUGGGUGCAGUAAUCGUGGCACAUAAGGUGGACAGGAAGAGCAUUGAAAUUUCUUAUUGAGGAGGUGGUUUGUGAAUGAACACAGCUGUAUCACAUUUUGUUUAAACUCUAAAGUAGAUUUCUUUUGUUUGAAUUUUAACUUGAUUGACACUUAUUAUGCUCUAACAUUAAUUCUCUGUUUUCUUUGAACUAAAAUAAUGAUUUGAAUCUUAUCUUUUGUAAACAUAGGAUUGUAGCUGUUUUAUUUUCUUAGAAGACUUUUACUCCAAUACAGUUUAUUAUCUCAUAUGACUUGAAUGUUUUUAUUGAUAACACACCAAGGAAAUCAUCCUCAUACAGACCAAUUUUGUUUUAAAGAAAUGCAUUGGGAACUGGUAUAUUUUUUACUGUAAUGGGAAAUAUUAAAUUCUAUAGCUGGUUUUACAUUGCUACAGAUUGAAAAAUGUGAUGGGCCAUUUGGAUGGUUGCAGUGCUUUUCCUCGACUUGCAGUAGGAAUUGGAAAUCCUCCUGGAACUAUGGACUUGAGAGCAUUUCUUCUACAAAAAUUCAGUUCUGUGGAACGAAAGCAGAUUGAUGCUUCAUUGGAGCAAGGAGUUGUAGCUGUAAGAACAGUUGUGCUCAGAGGCUUUGACCAGCAUGUCAAUAAAUUCAAUUUAGGGCAAAAGUACAAGUACCAUAAAGUGUAAUUUCACUCAAAUGGAUGAGCCAAUUUUGGCUUUAGAUGAAAUUGAUGUGUAUGUUAGCAGAUAGCAAUUAUACCUCAGAAACUUGUCAUGAGUCA